UGAAUUUAUCGCACAACAUGUUGUGUGGUAGUAUCCCCCGUUCUUUUGGAAAACUAUCCUUGUUGGAAUCAUUAGACCUUUCCUCAAAUCAGCUUGGUGGGGAAAUUCCAAAGGAGUUGGCACCUCUUACAUUUCUUUGUGUUUUCAAACUCUCUCAUAAUCAUCUUACAGGAUGCAUACCCAAGGGGAAUCAAUUCAACACAUUUGAUAAGGGUUCUUACGAAGGGAAUGAUGGCCUGCGUGGAUAUCCAAUGACAAAAGACUGUGGGAAUGGUGUCUCAUCUCAAUCACCUACCCUAGAAGUGCUCCAUCAAGAAGACAAUGUGAGCAUUUUAGAUGGUUGUACCUGGAAAGUUGUGUUGUUGGGCUAUGGUUGUGGUGGUGUUUUUGGAAUGGUAAUGGGGGGUCUCAUGCUUUUAACUCGAAAGCCCUAUUGGAUUACUAAAUUUGUUGAAGAAGAAGGAUGCAGAAUUUUGAGGAAAUUGAAGAACAGAAAGAGGUCAAAGACACAAAGGAAUGGAAGAAGAAGGAUUCAGAACUAUGAGGAAUGAGAAUAGAAAGAGGUCAA